AUGCCACAAGCAAUUAUAGCUCCUUCCAUUUUAUCUGGCGACUUUGCUCAACUUGCAGUUGAAUCUCAACAUAUUAUGGAUGGACACUUUGUCCCCAAUCUUACUAUUGGUGCUCCAGUAGUUCGAUCUUUACGAAAACAUACCAAUGCUUUUUUUGAUUGCCAUUUAAUGGUAUCAAACCCCGAAAAGUGGGUUGAAGAUUUUGCAAAAGCAGGGGCAUCAUUGUUCUGUUUUCAUGUAGAAGCAUCACAAGACCCGGGGAAACUUAUCGAUGAAAUUCGUAGUCAUGAAAUGAAAGUUGGUGUUGCAGUUAAACCUAAAACACCUAUUGAUGCUAUAUUUCCUUUGGGUCAUAAGAUUGACAUGUGUUUAGUAAUGACAGUUGAACCUGGUUUUGGUGGUCAAAAGUUUAUGGAGGACUGUAUGUCAAAGGUAAAGACAUUAAGAGAAAAAUUUCCAGAGUUAGAUAUAGAAGUGGAUGGAGGUUUGGCACUUGAAACAAUCGAUCAAGCAGCUAAGGCUGGCGCAAAUGUGAUUGUAGCUGGUACAUCUAUAUUUAAAGCCAAUAAUCCUAAAGAAGUAAUUAGUACAUUUAGGAAUAAAGUUACCACUGAGCAAGCUAAAUACUCAAAAUCAGUGGAAUAG